AUGGGGCACGAUGAUUUUGUGGCGAGUGACGGCUGGCUGCAGCGCUUCAAGGAGCGCCACGACAUCGUCGGCAGGGCUUUCAGCGGGGAAUCGCUAUCUGUGGACCGCGAAGCUGCAGUGGCGUGGAUCGAGAAGAACAUUGGGCAGCUGCUCGAAAAAUACAGCCCCAGGGAUUUGUUCAACGCAGAUGAGACUGCCCUGUUCUAUCAGAUGUUGCCGCAAAAAACCUUGGCCCUCAAAGGUGACCGCUGCCAGGGCGGUAAGCAGAGCAAGGUCCGUGCGACCGUGCUACUUUGUGCGAAUAUGGACGGGUCCGAAAAGGUGCCGGCCCUCGUGAUCGGCAAAAGUGCAUCACCACGAUGCUUCAAAGGAAAGCGGAAACUCCAAGUGAGUUAUGUGUCCAACCGCAAGGCCUGGAUGACAAGAGAGAUCUUCGCACAAUGGCUGCGUGAGAGGGACGAGCGGCUGGGCAAGCAGAACCGCAAGAUAUGCCUCGUCCUGGAUAACUGCGCGGCCCACCACACUACCGUUGUGCUUAAAAACAUUGAACUGUGCUUUUUGCCGCCUAACACUACUGCGGUUGUGCAACCCCUCGAUCAAGGGGUGAUCAUGAACUUUAAGUCGGGCUACCGCAAGCGUGUCAUCGACCGAAUUUUGCUCAAUAUGAGCAUGAAGCGCGAGACAACGAUCGACCUGUACAUGGCGAUCGAGAUGUUACAAGCUGCCUGGAUGGCCGUCACUGCAAGCACGAUCGCCAACUGCUUCCGGCAUGCCUCAUUUGGCGUCAGCAGCGGAGAGCCCAGCGAAGAUCUCGGUGAUGUCGCCAGUGAGGGUGCCGCGGGCGACCAGGCCCAGACGUCGUGGGACGCUCUCCUUGACGCCGGCGUUGUGCCUGACUGCGACACAUUCUGCACGUACGUCGGUGCCGAUGCUGACGCGGUGACAACCGAAGAGUUGUCAGAUGCGGAAAUUGUGCGCGCGGUGACGGGGGUGCAUAAUGACGACAGUGACGAAUGUCUCGACACCCCGGAGCCUAAUGUUGGCGAACCCGACGAACCGACGCCCGUACAAGCGCUGGAUGCGACAGACCUGCUGCGCCGCUUCUUUGGUGCUCACGAUGACGGCGAGGACGGACUCGAAAUAGCGGCUGCAGCUGAAAAAGCAGUCAUCCGCUUGAAGAAGAGUCGGCAAAAGUCUAUUAAGGACUAUUUUUCUUCGAAGUGA